AUGGCUGUAUUACAGAGGCUGAUCUGUAAUGCAGCCACCUGCAUAAUCAGGCCAUUUAAAACUGGCCCAAGGGUGACCGGAUUAAGCAGGUUUCACUAUUCUGUAGCCGCCUAUGGCAAUAUAAGGCAGAUACACCAUCCAAAGACUUCUCCAGCAGUAAUAGAAGUUUUGGAAGUAUUUUAUUUUUCAUCAACAAUAGGAGCAGCUCCUCCUACUGGUACAAACAAGCCAUUGAUAGGAGGUCCUCCACUCUCUCCUAUUGCAUUAAUGGAUGUACCAGAUGGUGGACCAAAAGUAUCUGAAUUGAUAGAGUUUCAUGAGUUAUUAAUCAAAGGACAACUGGAGGAGUCUCUACCACUGCUUGAUGCUGAUACUAUAAGAAAGAUUAGAAAUGCCGCUAGUGCUGAUGAAGGAAUGUCUCUUCUUAGAAAAGCAUUCGAAGAACAUCCAGCACUGUUACAUGAAAUGAGAGUAGCUACUGGAAAAAAAAAAGGUUCAUCACAAAAGAUGCUAAAGUCUCCUCCCCCAGUAGCACCUAAACCAAGAUCAUUAUCACAAAGUGGACAACCUCAUUCACCUCUACCAUUGUCAACAACAAAAAAACCACGACCACUUUCACAAGCCACACAACCUCCACCAACAGCACCUAAACCACGUCGACAAUCACUAACUGCACAACCUCCUCCAAAAGCACCUAAACCACACCGACCAUCAAUAACGGAACAACCUUCACGAAAAGCACAACUUCCAACAACUAUACCUAAACCAAGUCGAUCUCAAGAUUCAUCAUCAGCUCCACAUUAUCCAACAGCAACAGUACUGCAAGAUAAGGAGGGGAAGAAAGAUCCAUCAUUUAAACCAAUAGAAGGAUCAAUGCCACCAGAAUACAUUACAAUGAAAGAGAUGUUAGCUGAUCUUGUUGAUCUGUUUGCAGGAAAUGCUCCAGUUAUUUCACAAUUAAAUAAUCAUCUCUUUUCAUCUGAUCUCAUUCCUAAAGCAGUAUAUUAUGUUACUGUUGGAAGUACUGGACUCAGUCCUUAUGAUAGAGCUAAUAAAAUAUUCUCUUCAGUACUAGCAACACUUGAGUGUCAUGCUAAUCCUAACAGUGUGUUCUCUUCUCUCAUUACUUCACUAGAGAAAGUAGGACUAAAGAACAUGGCAUCAAAACUAAUGGAAAAUUUAAGAAUGAAAGGUGGUCAUGUUGAUCCUAAACUAAAGCAGCAACCAUCAGUCAGUAAGGGACCACUUCAACUAGUGGAUGUCACUGCACAAUCUCACACGCCACAACCAACAAUCACUGGAUCACAAUCAUCUACUCCUACUACUGUCAUUGAGCUCAGUUCAAAGAGUGAAGUUGCUGCCAAUAUUAAAAGUCUUCAUUCUCGUUUUGCAUCUCUCAAUGUUAAAAUGAGAGGUCAAAUUUUGAAAAUUGUACAAAAAGGUGAAGCUGAACUCAUAGAUAUAGCUAGGAGUGCAGCAGCUUAUUUAAGCAUUGAAGUAUCCAGUUUAAGAUAUGGCAAUGUUGAUGAAUUAUUUGAUUCUCUUAAGCCUCAUUAUGAUUUCUUUAAUUGUGAUGGUGUACUUAAACACUUGACAGACACUUAUCUUUCAACUGCAAAAACUGAACUAACUCAAUACAUUGAUAGUGUUGAUAAAUUCUCAGAAUCAUCACAAUUGAAGCACAUACGAUCAACAAUCAAAGAGAAAUUGUCAUCAUUACCAGCAGCAGCUUCACCAACCACUAACCAAACAAAACUGGUCGUUAUUCAGCUAAGCGACAGAUGGAAUGAAAUGACUCUAACUAAAUUUAAAAGAGUCCUUCAGUAUUACUUUGGGCAUAAAGUAGCAGAUAUUUCUACUAUAGUGGACAUUGAUUUUGGUUCAGUUGUCAUUACACUGUCAAUACCAACCUCACUAUCACAGUCUCUUAUUGAUGCUAUCAAUAACAAAACAAACUCAAUGAGUAGAUUAGGAAUAUUGGAAGUUGCUGUUGACAAUAAAGUGAUUCCUAUCAGAAGAGAAGAUGAUAAAAAAUUUGACGUUUCACUCCACGAAUCAGUUAAAGCUGGUGACAGUUUUGAAGUAUUAAUGCUACUUCAGUUAGGAGCUGAUCCUAAUAGUAAAGUUGAGAGAGGAAAGAGUGCAGUAGAGAUAGCUAAGCAAGGAGGACACACUCAAAUAAAAGAAAUACUAUUAACUGGUGGAGGAGAAGAGACUGGAGAGGUGGAAUGGACCAGUUUUGAAGUAACCCUCAUUAAACCAUCAGCAGGUCAAUGUCAGGAAGUGAUCAGUCAAUUAACGGACAGUCAUCAGUACAUUUACCUCAAUCUCUCAUCACCUGAUAUUGUAUACAUAUUGAUGUCACUAGUACUAGACAUAAGAACAAUAAAGUGGAUUGGUAUGCAUAACACUAAAAUAACAAAAGAUGUCAUCCUCUUACUGUCACACAAAAUAACAAACAAUACUUCAUUAGGGAUACUAUUGAUCAGUAAUGAUUCCAUCAAUGAUAAAGGAGUCAUUGCACUAACACAAUCACUAAUUAAUAAUAAAACAAUUGCUGGCUUAUUUCUUAGUUACAAUACUGACAUCACUUCAACCAGUGCUCAGUCACUAGCUGAACUUUUACUCUACAACCACACACUAUCUGCCCUUCAUCUCAACCAUACUAACAUUGAUACUGAUGGAGCACUGAAACUGAUGGAAUCUCUCAGGACCAAUGAUACACUAAGGGAAUUAGCUCUAGAUAAGAAACAUAAACAAACUAGAUAUUCUUUACCUUAUUAUAAAACUAUUGAAAACAGAUUACUCUUUGUGUAAUUAUUUCAUAUACAUAUUAGAUUAUUAAUAAAUAAUUUAUAUUACUAAAUGAAAAAAAAUUUUAUUGACAUGUACAUGUAUAACAUAUGCUCAGAGAGGGAGGGAGAGAGAGAGAGAGACAUUUUGUUCAUCAAAAUUCAUCAUGUGCAUAAAUCAAGUGUCAGGAUUUA